UUUUGCAGGCGGGGCCCGCGCUCUGCCGCACCGGUCAGUCGGACCCUCCAGGAGGGGGACAGUCGGAGCAGCGCGGCUGAUCCUCCCUGGAGCGCGAGGGGCCUGCUGCUCGCAGCCUCUCGGAGUCAGCGUCCGAGCGAGCAGCGAUGAUCCUUGAGGAGAGGCCAGAUGGCCAGGGCACUGGCGAGGAAAGCUCUCGGCCGCAGGACGACGGCAGCAUCCGCAAGGGCUAUGGCUCCUUUGUGCAAAACCAGCCUGGCCAGCUGCAGAGUCACAGGGCUCGGCUCCACCAGCAGAUCAGCAAGGAGCUCCGGAUGCGGACCGGUGCUGAAAACCUCUACAGAGCCACCAGCAACACCUGGGUCCGAGAAACAGUCGCACUGGAGCUGAGCUACGUCAACUCCAACCUGCAGCUGCUGAAAGAGGAGCUGGCAGAGCUGAGCACCAGCGUAGAUGUGGACCAGCCAGAGGGCGAAGGGAUUACUAUUCCCAUGAUCCCCCUGGGGCUGAAGGAAACCAAGGAGUUGGACUGGGCCACACCGCUGAAGGAGCUGAUCUCUGAGCACUUUGGAGAGGAUGGUACCUCCUUUGAGACAGAGAUCCAGGAACUAGAAGACCUACGGCAGGCCACGAGGACUCCCAGCAGGGACGAGGCGGGCCUGGAUCUGCUCGCAGCCUACUAUAGCCAGCUCUGUUUCCUGGACGCACGUUUCUUCAGUCCCUCCAGGAGCCCCGGGCUGCUCUUCCACUGGUAGGGGCUAGCAACAGAGGCGGAGGCCCAGGGAAGGGAGGCCAGGUCGUUAUGGGAACUGUACCCAUCCUGACACCAUGCCGCAGAUUGGAGCACGGCAGGAUUGCUCCUGCACCGAGGGCACCAACCACGCUGCUGAGGCUUUCCAGAGGGCUGCUGGGGCCUUCAGACUCCUGAGGGAGAACUUCUCCCACGCGCCAAGCCCAGACAUGAGUGCUGCCUCUCUCUCCAUGCUGGAGCAGCUCAUGAUUGCCCAGGCACAGGAAUGCAUCUUCAAGGGCCUUUUACUGCCAGCCUCUGCCACACCUGACAUCUGUCCAGAUCAACUGCAGCUGGCCCAGGAAGCUGCCCAGGUGGCAACUGAAUAUGGGCUUGUGCACCGGGCCAUGGCCCAGCCACCUGUCCGAGACUACCUGCCUGCCUCCUGGACUAACCUGGCGCACGUCAAGGCUGAGCACUUCUGCGCCCUGGCCCACUAUCAUGCAGCCAUGGCCCUCUGCGAAAGCCACCCAGCAGCCAAGGGUGAACUCGCAAGGCAGGAGCACGUCUUCCAGCCCUCCACUCCCCAUGAGCCCCUGGGCCCCACACUGCCGCAGCACCCAGAAGACCGCAGGAAGCUUGCCAAGGCCCACCUGAAGCGUGCCAUCCUGGGCCAGGAGGAGGCGCUGCGGCUUCACACCUUGUGCAGAGUCCUGCGCAAGGUGGACCUGCUGCAGGUUGUGGUGACUCAGGCACUGCGGCGCUCCCUGGCCAAGUACUCACAGCUCGAGCGCGAGGAUGACUUCUUCGAGGCUACGGAGGCCCCAGACAUCCAACCCAAGACUCACCAGACCCCAGAGGUGAGGAUGCCUAGCCUGUCGCAGGUGAAGGUGACUGACUUCUUCCAUCGGCUGGGACCCUUGUCUGUGUUUUCAACCAAGAACCGAUGGCAGUUGGUAGGGCCGGUGCACAUGACUCGAGGAGAGGGAAGCUUCGGGUUCACGCUGCGCGGAGACUCUCCAGUCCUCAUCGCUGCUGUCGUCCCUGGGGGUCAGGCUGAGUCCGCUGGCCUGAAGGAGGGCGACUACAUCGUGUCCGUGAACGGGCAGCCGUGCAAGUGGUGGAAGCACCUGGAGGUGGUGACACAGCUGAGGAGCAUGGGCGAGGAAGGCGUGAGCCUGCAGGUCGUGUCAUUGCUGCCCAGCCCUGAGCCACGUGGCACAGGACCCCGACGGGCAGCACUGCUGUGGAACCAGAGAGAGUGUGGUUUUGAGACACCGAUGCCCACACGUACCCGCCCCUGGCCCAUCCUUGGCUGGAGCCGCAAGAAUAAACAAGGCAAGACUGGAAGCCACCCUGACCCCUGCACCAACAGGAACUGUGUCACCUGCCCCUGAGCUGGACACCCCGUAUCCCUGUGUGCUCAGGAUGGCUGUGGGGGCCAUACUCCUAUGUACAUCACCCUGGAAUCAGCUCCAACUAGCCAGAUGUGCCUAGCGGGGUCUGUCCUCUACUCUUGGGGACUAUCAGGCUGCCCCCACCUUGCUUAGAGAUGUCUAUUAAAAAUGCUGGUCAGAUGAGGUGAGUCUGA